GGACAGGGCUUUCCAGAGCCAUGGCCCAGCAGUGGGGCCCCCAAAGGCUUGCAGUUGGGCAGCCGCAGGCCAGCUUUGAGGACAGCACCCAGGGGAGCAUCUUCACCUACACCAACAGCAACUCCACCAGAGGCCCCUUCGACGGCCCCAAUUACCACAUCGCUCCCAGAUGGGUGUACCACCUCACCAGCGCCUGGAUGGUCUUCGUGGUCAUCGCCUCCGUCUUCACUAACGGCCUGGUGCUGGCAGCUACCAUGAGGUUCAAGAAGCUGCGCCACCCUCUGAACUGGAUCCUCGUGAACUUGGCCAUCGCUGACCUGGCGGAGACGGUCAUUGCCAGCACCAUCAGCGUUGUGAACCAGAUGCACGGCUACUUUGUGCUGGGCCACCCCCUGUGCGUCGUGGAGGGCUAUACUGUCUCCUUGUGUGGGAUCACUGGUCUCUGGUCCUUGGCCAUCAUUUCCUGGGAGAGAUGGAUGGUGGUCUGCAAGCCUUUUGGCAACGUGAGAUUUGAUGCCAAGCUGGCCAUCGCAGGCAUCGCCUUCUCCUGGAUCUGGGCCGCUGUGUGGACGGCUCCGCCCAUCUUUGGUUGGAGCAGGUACUGGCCCCAUGGCCUGAAGACUUCGUGUGGCCCGGACGUGUUCAGCGGCAGCUCCUACCCCGGGGUGCAGUCUUACAUGCUCGUGCUCAUGGUCACCUGCUGCUUCAUCCCGCUCGGCGUCAUCGUGCUCUGCUACCUGCAAGUGUGGCUGGCCAUCCGAGCGGUGGCGAAGCAGCAGAAAGAAUCCGAGUCCACUCAGAAGGCAGAGAAGGAGGUAACCCGCAUGGUGAUGGUGAUGAUCUUUGCGUACUGCCUCUGCUGGGGGCCCUACACCUUCUUUGCAUGCUUUGCUGCUGCCCACCCUGGCUACGCCUUCCACCCUCUGGUGGCCGCCCUGCCAGCCUACUUCGCCAAAAGUGCCACUAUCUACAACCCCAUUAUCUAUGUCUUUAUGAACCGGCAGUUUCGAAACUGCAUCUUGCAGCUUUUUGGGAAGAAGGUGGAUGAUAGCUCUGAAAUCUCCAGCGUUUCCAAAACAGAGGCCUCAUCUGUCUCUUCAGUGUCACCUGCCUGAGUCUCUCCCAACCCCGACCACAACGAUACCUGCCUCCCACCAGAAAAUGUAACCUGUCCCACCCUCCAGGGGCUUUGGCCGUCCUGCCCCCACCCCUUUUUCUCCAUCCUUGUGAAAUAAAUGUAGUUUCUCUUUGC